AUGCUGGAACCGCCUCUCACGUACCAUGACUCCGCCACACACGAUUGCGUGAAAACAAGUUCACCGAGAGCAACAGGUCAUUAUUGCCGAAGGCCGCCAGACGUGGCUCUUGGAUAUAUAAGCCCAGGCGACACUCGCGGCUCGGCAGAAGUGACAGUGGAGGGGGGGGGGGCCCCCGGGGGAACCCCCUCUCCUCGCGGGGCCCCAGGGGAUGGGAUUUUCGGGGGGGCCCCCGGGGCCCCUUUUCGGGGCCUCACCCAACCUGGUGGGGGCGGGCAGGAGAACCACACCAGCUUCGCCCACAACCUCUCUCACAUCCUCAACCUGACGGGCGGCCUCAACGUCGCCUUCAUCGAGAAGUUCGAGAAGAACCGCCGCGUCAGCUACACCGCCUUCUGCACCCUCAUCUUCGUCUACAGCGUCCUGAUCGUGCUGGGGGCGACGGGGAACUCCCUCGUGGUCAUGGCGGUCAUUCGCAAGCCGGCCAUGCGCACGGCCAGGAACGUGUUCAUCAUCAACCUAGCCAUCUCGGACCUCCUGCUGUGCCUGGUGACGAUGCCCCUCACCCUCAUGGAGCUCCUGUCGCAGUACUGGCCCCUUGGAGACACCCCCUUCGCCUGCAAGCUCGUGGGGACGCUGCAGGCGACGUCCAUAUUUGUGUCGACGAUUUCCAUCACGGCAAUCGCUCUCGACCGAUAUCACGUGAUCGUGUACCCGACGAAGAAGUCGCUGCAGAAAGUGGGCGCGGCGGGGGCUCUGAUGGGCAUGUGGCUGCUCUCCUUCCUCCUGGCGCUGCCCAACUUCAUGGCGACCUUGGAGAACCACUACGUGAACCUUCCGGGGAUCGAGACCGUCAGUUUCUGCUUCGAGGACUGGCCCUCCGCCCACGGCCGCGCCUACUACAGCGUGUUCGUGAUCGUGGUGCAGUACUGCCUGCCGAUCCUCACGCUGAGCAUCGCCUACGCCCGGAUCUGCAACAAGCUCAAGUACCGCAUGGCCAACAGCUCCACUCGCUCCUCCUCGCGCUGCCGGAAGAAGGACGGACGCAUGAGGAGGACCAACACCCUCCUGGUCUCCAUCGCCCUCAUCUUCUGCUUCUCGUGGCUGCCCCUCAACCUCUACAACGUCGUCGUCGACCUUCACAACCCCUUCGGCGAGGACACGGAGUCCAUGCUGAUCGUGUACUCCGUCUGCCACAUGGCCGGGAUGUCGUCGGCGUGUUCCAACCCCCUGCUCUACGGCUGGCUCAACGACAACUUCCGCAAGGAGUUCCUGGAGAUCUUCGCUUUGCUCUGCCCCUUCUGCCCCUCCAUCGUCAACGCCUCCGCCCGGAUGAACAGCUUCAAGACCAGUCGGAUCGGCAAGGACGGCGGCUCCCUCAGGUCCCUCCCGCCCUCCAGCCACCCCGUGGUGCUCUACACGAAGGCCGUCGAGGAGCAGACCUGCAACGGCAACAGCGUCGACCUGCAAGAGCAAGAGGUGACAUUCAUCUCGCAGAUCGUCACCACCACCACGCUCUAG